ACAUUUGAUUCUCGUUUUCUCUUCAGAAAGUGGAAAAUGGUGUUAAUUAUUAGCGUAAAAUGGAGAAAGGUGAAUGCGUUAAUGAAUAAGUUCCAAAAGGGAAGGGAAGAUGAAGAGUAGUACUGUUUCCGAAUGAGGCCGGUUUUGAUAUAUGGCUGCUGAGUUUUCCAGUACGUAUUGUCAUGAGUCAUGAUUCAUGGCUAGCUGUGGUGACUUUGUGAGUCCCGGCCGCAAUUUACGCAGCCAGCUUUCUGAAGUAUUGGAGUUGCAGGAAGGAUGGCAAACAGGCAUGAGAGUUCAGAGGAGACGAUAUACGUUGCCGUUGGAAAAGACGCGAAAGAGUGCAAAUCGAUCCUGUUAUGGGCGUUGGAGAACUCCGGAGGAAAGAGGAUUUGCAUACUUCACGUUCAUCAGCCUGCGCAGUACAUUCCAUCAUUUAUGGGUGGAAAAGCUCCAGCUAGCUCACUGAAGGAAAGUAUUGUAAGGGAAUACCAUGAAACUGAGAGGCAAAAAAUGCAUGAGAUCAUGGAUGAAUAUCUUCUCAUCUGUCGCCAAAAGGGGGCACCGGCUCAUAAGCUGAUAGCAGAAACGGGCUGUGUUGAGAAGGAAAUUGUACAACUCGUCUCUCGGAAUGGGAUCAGGAAGCUUGUCAUGGGAGCAGCAGCAGAGAAGCACUAUGGAAGAAAAAUGAUGGAUCUCAAGUCUAAUAAAGCUAAAUAUGUGCGCCAACAUGCACCAGUCUCCUGUCACAUACAAUUUAUCUGCAAGGGCCACCUCAUCUUCACCAGGGAAAUCACUGAAACUGGACAAUCAAACUACUUGAGAUCAUCACGAUCCGUUGCACAACUGGGGUUCAAUAGGGACACAGAUAUUCCAAUACCAGAAGUCACUGAAGAGCUUUCAUCUCCAAAGAGCUCCUUCUUUACUCCAGAAGAGAGUUUUGAUCAAUGGGAUUUACCGAGGAGUUCCAAGCUGGGAGGGGUUGAUGAAACUCUGACUCCAUGGAAUGAGGGAAAUGAGAAUGGGUUAGAGUUUAGCACACUCUCUUCGGCUUCGGCUUCGGCUUCUGGUUAUUCAAGAAGCUCUUCCAGUAUGGACAUCGCAUCUUCUUUGCUGCCACCAAUUAUUCCGUCUUUGAUUUCUAGUCCAACUCUCAUGUCAACAUGCUCUUCUUCUUCUUCUUCUUCUAGUGGAGCUCACAGUGUUGUUGUGGAAGGAAAUCUAGAUGAUACUCUGUAUGAGCAACUUAGGCAGGCAAUGGCAGAGGCUGACAAAGAGGCACUCAAGCGUCGAAAAGCAGAAAGAGACAUGAUUGAGGCUAUACGUUGGAAGGAGAAAGAAGAACUUGAAAAGGUGAAAAAUCAGAGAGAUCAACUCAUGGAAGAACUCCGAAUUUCUCAAGAGCGGGAAACAUCACUAAAAUGCCAAAUUGCAAAGUUACAUAUGGAGCGGGAUGAUGCACUAAAAGAAGCUCAAGGCCUAAGAAGAAAACAAGGUGAGGCCUCAGGUAGACACAGAUUACCUGAUGAUCAGUUCUCUGAGUUUUCGCUCACUGAGAUUGAAGAAGCUACUCUAUGGUUUGAUGAAUCCCUUAAAAUUGGAGAAGGAGGAUAUGGGAACAUUUAUAAAGGCCUCCUUCGUCAAACUAAGGUUGCUAUAAAGGUGCUAAAAUCUCAUGACUCACAAGGCACCUCACAAUUCCAAAUGGAGGUUGAUGUACUGAGUCAGCUAAGGCAUCCCAAUCUUGUGAAACUCAUAGGAUCUUGCCCAGAAGUUUUCGCUCUCAUCUACGAGUAUCUUCCCAACGGAAGCCUUGAAGAUAGAUUGAGCAUGAGGGACAACACUCCUCCAUUAUCAUGGCAAACUCGAAUACGCAUCGCCACAGAGUUGUGCUCUGUUCUUGUGUAUCUUCACUCCAUUAAACCUCACAGUAUAGUGCAUGGUGAUUUGAAACCCUCAAACAUCCUCCUUGAUGCCAACUUUGUUUGUAAACUAAGUGACUUUGGAAUCAGUCGUAUGUUAUUGCCAGAUGCAAGUUCAAGCAGCAACACAACGACGACACUGCAGUCUCAUAGAACUGUCCCGAAGGGCAGUUUCGCUUUCAUAGAUCCUGAGUUCCUUGAAACAGGAGUGCUUACUUUGAAGUCUGACGUUUACUCGUUUGGAAUCAUAUUACUACAAUUGUUGACUGGGAGACAACCUUUCUGGAUAUCAAAUGAAGUGAAAAAUGCUCUGGAUGCCAGAAAUUUGAAAACUCUCUUGGAUCCUUCGGCUGGAGAUUGGCCAAUUGCGCUUGCUCAAAACUUGGCUAAGUUGGCAUUAAGGUGUUGUGACAAGAACCGAGAGAAUCGGCCAGACCUUGGGUCAGAUGCAUGGAAGGUACUUGAACCAAUGAGGGCUUCGCAUGGAUCCCCCGUCUUCAUCCCAGCUGGGUCCUGAACAUCUAUGUUGCCUGAUAGCUUAGAAACGUCUGUGAUAUAAAUAUUUGGAUUCAUCCUUACUAAUCUUCAGGGGAUCGAUGUUUAUCGUAUUUAUAAAACAUCAAAUGUUAGACAAACAUGUACGCUGAUAACUACAAACAAGCGUCACAUACAAUGUGACACUGGACAUAAUUAAGAGAAAUGAUACUCGUACACAAAGCUUACAACAACGUUACAACAGCUUACGUGGAAAGUGGGCUUAAUCCUUUUUUUUCAAUUUUUUUUUUCCAUCAAAACUGGUUGGAGGGGAAAUGAAAUUUCAUUUCCCCCCAAAGCUGAACGCACCCACCCUCUCUCUCUCUGAAGUCUGUCCGUACAGUCCCCAAAUCGGCCUCCGGGCGCCGCCCCUAGCCCCUCUCUCUCUCUGCCCGGAUCUGCCUCACCGUCGGAAACCGCCGCCCCCAGCCCCUCUCUCUCUCUGCCCGGAUCUGCCUCACCGUCGGAAACCGCCGCCCCCAGCCCCUCUCUCUCUCUCUGCCCGGAUCUCCCUCACCGUCGGAAACCGCCGCCCCCAGCCCCUCUCUCUCUCUCUCUGCCCGGAUCUACCUCACCGUCGGAAACCGCCGCCCGCAUCCCCUCUCUCUCUCUGCCCGGAUCUGCCUCCGUACAGUCCCCGUCCCAAAUCGGCGUCCGGCAUCCCUCUCCGGUCGUGGGUAGUCUCCUUGCCGGCGCUGCUUCACCGGAGUUCUCCUCCGUCCGUCGGAAACCGCCGCCCCCAGCCCCUCUCUCUCUCUCUCUGCCCGGAUCUGCCUCACCGUCGGAAACCGCCGCCCGCAUCCCCUCUCUCUCUCUGCCUGGAUCUGCCUCCGUACAGUCCCCGUCCCAAAUCGGCGUCCGGCAUCCCUCUCCGGUCGUGGGUAGUCUCCUUGCCGGCGCUGCUUCACCGGAGUUCUCCUCCGUCCUUCGGAAACCGCCGCCCGCAGCCCCUCUCUCUCUCCCGCUCGCUCGCUCCGGUGCCGGUCGUCCCUGUCCCUCUCGGUGGCUUAUCUCUCUCGGCGGUUGGCCACCCUUCACCGGCGUUCUGUCUCCGGCGACGCUAAAAACAAAGGUUUCUCUACCGGUGCCGUCUCCACCUCCGGCCCGAAAAAAUGUCAGUAAAUAGUGAUGCGUCUAGUACCCCUCCAUUAUGUUACUGUGGAGUGCAUGCACGUUUAAGGUACUCAUGGACUAGUGACAACCCCGGAAGAAAGUGGUACGGCUGUAUAAAGUAUAAGAAAGCUGGAGAUUAUGACUUUUUUAAGUGGGCGGAUAACCAAAUGACUUCUUAUGAGAAGAGAUUGGAGGAUCAUAUGAGAGACAUUGAGGAAGGGAGACGGGCCGAUAUUGAGAAAGUUGAGAAUGUGACAAUGGCCAAUAUUGACAGACUUGAGAAACUAAUUGAAACAAGACACAAGGAACAAUAUGAGAGACUUCGGUUGGAGUUGGGUCUUAAUAGAAAGAUGUUUUGGUUUUGGACAGCAGUAGUUGUAAUCAUUUUGGGCAUUGUAAUUUAUUUCAAUGGUUAUAGCGGUUCUGAAGUUAGUUACUUGAUGUUAGAAUGAAAGGAUGAAAACAUUAUU